CCAGAUGAUAAACAGAACCUCUGCCCCCAUCUGCUGAAGGCAGCCACAGACAGCCGGACUCCGCAGUCACCAUGUCAUUCCUCAUCCUCCUACUCAUCACCGUAUUCAGUGCCGCAGCUACAGGAUGCCCCAGCUCUGUGAACACUUCUGCACACAUCACCAUAUUCUCUGACCGUUUCGAUAUAAUGGGCCAUUUACAUGAACUUCCUCAGCUCAGGCAGUUUGCGGAGCAGUUUGUGGCUGCACACCAUACAGUAGACAUUUAUCUGUACGGGCAGCUGACGGAGAGACUGCGGCAGCACAUGCGCGCUCACCAGCCCCUGGGGGCGCUGCAUUACACCGUGCAGGAUAAGUACAUCAUUGACUACAUUAACGCCAUGACCUGGCAGCCGCCAGCCACCACCGACCGCGUGUCACAUGUCCUCAUUCUCAUGCUGGACAGCGGCUACCCGCACGUAUUCACCAAACCCAAAGUCCCCAAACUGAAGAGAGCCGGACUGGAGAUAUUCGUCCUGGGAUAUAGGAGCGAGAAGGAUUACACGCUGGAUGAUAUCGCGUCCUCUCCCGCGCAGACCCACUCCUUCAGCCAGCUGCAGUAUCCGAGCCUGGAUCACGCACUGUCUGCAUUGUCGCAAUCCGUGUGCCGCAGCCUGGAGGCCAAGGAACGCAACACAAAGAAAGAGCUUCUCUCGCAGGUGCAGCUGGUUGGUGGCCGAGACAACUGCCAGGGAAGAGUGGAAGUCUUGUACAAUAACACCUGGAGCUGGCUGAGUGAUGAGCACUGGGACAGGAAUACAGCUGAUGUCAUCUGCAGACAGUUGAAAUGUGGACCUUCAGUGGAAGCCUGGAAAGGAGAAGCUUUAGGUCCUGCACCUGGUUAUGUUCUAGAAAAGGCACUCUGUGCUGGAAAUGAGCGUGAUAUCUCACAGUGUUUGCUGGGAAGAUGGGGUCAGCGAGACGACACAAAGACUCAGCACAGUGCAGGCGUCACCUGCUUAUCUUCUGGACUCGGUGAUGUUAGACUGGUGAAUGGCUCUGGAGUUUGUGAUGGGAUAGUGGAAGUGUCUCUUGAUCAGGCAUGGCAUAGAGUCUGCCUGUGGAACUUUGACCUUCGUGAAGCGGCUGUGGUGUGCAGAGAGGUAGGCUGUGGUCCUGUUCUGAAGAUCCAAGAACAUGUGAUGGGACCUGGAGCUACGGUGCAGACGGUGGAGAAAGUUCUCUGCUCGGGAGUGGAGUCCCAGCUGGCUGAGUGCAGUGUCAGUCUGUGGAGUAAGGAGCCGUGUCUGUACAGUAUACACGCUGGCAUCGUCUGCUCCUCAUCAGUGAUUUCAAGUGCGGAGGUGACUAGGGGCAGCACAUGUUAUGGGAAAGUGAAGGUGUACCACAAUACCACGCAGAGCUCCGUGUGUAAUGACCACUGGAGUGUGGCGGAAGAGGCCGUGCUCUGCAAACAGAUUGGCUGUGGCCCAGCUAUAGAGAUGGCUCAGGUCAAGGAGAUGGUGUUACGUAGGGGGCCAAACCCCCAGACGGAUUUCCGCAGCGUGCACUGUGGUGGCCAUGAGGCAAAUCUGGCCCAGUGCGGGUCUGUUAUGACCACAGGAUACACGUGUGAAGCUGAGGAGGCCGAGGUGCUGUGUUCCCAGUCGGUGAUAUCCCAGGUGAGACUGGUGGAUGGACACAACGCCUGUUCUGGACGGGUAGAGGUCUUCUACAAGGAGAAGUGGGGGACGGUGUGUGAUGAGCACUGGGAUCUCUCUGAUGCCAACGUGGUGUGUAAGCAAGUCGGCUGCGGACCUGCAGAGCGGGCACCAGUAGGGGCUUAUUUCGGACCCGGAUCUGGGCAAAUUUGGCUGGAGAGGAUUUUCUGCAAUGGCUCGGAGACUGCCCUGUCCCAGUGCGGAGCUGUGGUGUCCCGGAAGAGCCUCUGUGUCCACUCACAGGAUGCUGGCGUGGUGUGUGCAGAACAGUGACCGGUUUAGCAGUGGUGACCUAAGGAUGGUAUAAGCCCGCAGAGGUAUUGCCACUGUCCUGCAUGAUGGCAUCAUUCAUCCCCCACUUCAUCCAUUAUAAUCACUGAUACCUUUCUGUUUCAUGGCACUAUCAUGUGUGAUAGACAUCCUCAAAGAGCUGUAAGAAGGGGAUAAGACAUACAGCAUCCUCACCUAAGUACACAGUCACCUUUAACUUACCUGAGCUGAUGCUCACAAUUAUAAUAAUCACCUGUGUGCACACUCACCUGUAACUUACCUGAGCUGCUGCUCACAUUUAUACUAAUCACCUGUGUGCACACUCACCUAUAACUUACCUGAGCUGCUGCUCACAUUUAUACUAAUCACCUGUGUGCACACUCACCUAUAACUUACCUGAGCUGCUGCUCACAUUUAUACUAAUCACCUGAAUACAUGCUCACCUUUAACUUACCUGAGCCGCUGCUCACAUUUAUACUAAUCACCUGUGUGCACACUCACCUAUAACUUACCUGAGCCGCUGCUCACAUUUAUACUAAUCACCCUGAUACAUGCUCGCUUGAAUCGGAUUCCACCUGCAGUGCUGCAGGUGGUCCAGUAUCCGGAACCUGGCACUUCCAUUUAAGAUCUACACGCUUAAAUUAGACUCCUGAUCUGGUAAACGCCUCCAAUCCUAUUUUUUAUUUGUAUUAUGUAUCCAGUGUUUGUUGAAUAAAUUGUGUUAACGGUA